AUGGACAUGGUCGACCGCAAAUUGCUCAACAUCAUUCAGAGCAACUUCCCUGUUGUCGAACGGCCGUACCUGGAGAUCGGUAACGAGUUGGGCAUCACCGAAUCUGAGGUACUGACGCGCCUCGCCGAACUCAAACGACAGAACGUGGUGCGGCAAAUCAGCGCGAUUUUCGAUACUCGCCGCCUCGGGUAUAAAACGACCCUCGUCGCCUUUGCUUACGGCCAGGACGACCUCCACCCCGGAGCGAUCUUUAUCAAUCGGCAUCCCGGAGUCAGCCAUAACUACGCCCGCGAAGGCUCGUACUACAAUCUGUGGUUCACGUUGGCGGUCCCGCCCGACGGCGAUCUGGAGCAAACCGUGCGCUGGAUGGCCGCUCAGACCGGGGCCAUCGAAUAUCGCAUCAUGCCUACCAUCAGAUUUUUCAAGAUUGGCGUGAACUUCGAUAUGGUGAAACGUCGCAGCGAUGCUUUCAAUUACAGCCCGGACGGUAUCGGCCAGACUAAAAGGCCGGCUGCAGACUGGAACCAGGCGCAGGACAUUACCGAAUGGGACAAACAGGUGAUACGCGAAGCCCAGGAAGACCUUCCGCUUGAAUCACACCCCUUCGUUGGCAUCGCCCAGAGGUUGGGGCUGACUGUUCCCCAGUUUUUCCAGCAGCUGGCCGAGUACCAGGAGCGCAAAUUGAUGCGCCGUUACAGCGCUGUGUUGCAUCACCGCAGGUCUGGAUUCCGCGCCAACGCCAUGAUCGUUUGGAAAGUGCCGCCCGAACGUUCCGAAGAGGUUGGCAUGAUCAUGGCCGAAAACCCGGCGGUGACCCAUUGCUACGAACGCCCCACGUUUCCCGAUUGGGAAUAUAGCCAUUUCACGAUGGUGCACGCACCGACUCGAGACGAAUGCGAGGCCAUUGGGCGCGAGAUCGGCCAGGCCGCGGGAAUCACCGAAAACUUGCUCCUUUACAGCACCCGUGAGUACAAAAAGACCCGCGUAAGGUAUUUUGUAGAGGACUACGAGUCAGUUUGGGAUUCGCCCGAGGCUGCCGAAGCGCUGGCCGAACCGGUCGCCCAGUAA